AUGGCGCUAUCAGAACCCAACCCCUUCUUGGAUCUCUCAGAGGAAGCCGCUGAACAGGCCAGCCCGAUGCGGGCCUUAUUGGAAGGCUCGGGCAUCCCGGAGUCUCUUUGGAAAGAUGUGGCUGUGUUUGCCCCUGAUGAGUUCGGGUCUCUUUCUGAUGCAGAAAUUCAGGAAUUCUUAGAUGGCCUCACGUACCCAUCUCAGCCAUCCGAUCUGUUGGUAAAGGCCAGGAUUCGCCUCUUGUGGCGGAAAUGCCAAAAGUCGGGGGCACCCUUGCAACAUGAUCCUCCCAAGCCCAACCCCGUGGGGAGCACAGGUGCGCUUGCCGAUCAGGCCUCAUGGUCUGAGGCAUUCCCGAAGCGUCUCAGUGGCGAGGCAGUCCGCCAAAUGAUAAAGGCUUUCAGUGAGAAGUACCCUUCGGAACCAUUAAGAUCGCCGUUGGCGAUGGAUACCGUGGAAGCCCCACGGCUUGAAAAUCUGUUGUGGGAAGAGAUACCCAGCAGAGAGUUGCCCACACAGGGCAUGGCUAAGAGUGUUAUGGCAGAACUGCUUCAUUUGCAGGCAGUGGCGAUUGCGCUAGCAGACGGCGCCCAUCUCUACACCCUGCGGGAGAUGAACCGUAAAUUUCUUGUCAAGUGUUUCGAUCACUUGCCUCGGGAUGGGGGGUUGCGAGUUCCAAACAGAUUGGAGGCCGAGAACGCAGAGAAACAGCUUUGGCAACAGAUCGCGGUCUUGUUCAAUGAAGAGAACUGGACGAUGGAUCAGGCAAUACGCGAGGUUGUCGUGGCUCGCAACGAGCUUCACGUUCUGCUCAUGCCGAGGGCCGUCGCACCAAAAAUUCCAUGGCAACCGUGGACGCCGCAUCGCAUCAAAGGCGAUGGCAAGCAGGGGAACCUCGGCAAGGGUGGCAAAGGGGAUAAGGGCAAUAAGGGCGGUUCUAAGGAUGGCAAAGGUUCCCAGCGUCAUACCUUGAUGAUCAAUGUCCUGCGAGUGGGCAGUGCCCUGACCACGUUUUCUGAAGUCCCACCGGGGCCCGCAGCAGUGGAUGCUCCGAGCCCUGUGUUGAAUGCCACAUGUGCCGCCGUGGCAGACCCGUCGUCGGACUUAGCAAACAGUGAGGGCUCCAUGAAUUUGAACGUCUCCGUUGGGGACUUUCAGGGGGGUGUUUUGUGGCUGGAAUCAGCAACAGGCACUUUGUGGCGCCAGCCACCAGGCAGCCAGCACUGGGUGAAGGGCGAAGAAGUUCAGACUUUUCGUAAUCCCGUUGCUUUUCCAGCGUGUGCCUGGCAUGAAACCAUGCCAUUUGUGGGUACUAGAUGGUCCAUCACUUGCUACACGUUGCCCCAUGUGCCAGCGGGUACAUUAGCCAAUCUUGGUUUUCCGGAGGUAUCUCCGGAGCAACUUCCUCGUGUAUCGCAGUCACAGGAGUCAGCUGCCGCAUCCGCGGUUCAGUCCAAUGAGCCAAUCUCAGCCCUGCCACCGGUGGUGGCCACACAGCGGCACCCUCUUUUCUUCUUGGAUCUUUUCGCCGGUGCAGGUGCACCACUCUGUCAGGAGGCCGCACGUCGGGGUUGGGCGUGUAUUCCCAUAGAUAUCCUACAUAACAAGGCAUCAGACUUACGUGAUGAUCGUAUCUUCGAUGGCCUCUUGAAGCUUUCCCACUCAGGUGCAGUAGCGUUUGCAAACGCAUCCCCUCCUUGCUGCGAAUACAGCAUUGUGAAGCGGUUUGAUGGCGGACCGCCACCCUGCCGAUCAUGGGAAUGCUUGGCAGGCUUUCCCUCCAACAAUGACGAAGCCCAGGAGCGUGUUCGAUCCAGCCACCUUCUGUUAUCUCGGGCAGUCAUGCUCUUGCACGCUGUAUAUCAGAGUGGCAAUCACGUAAGCUUAGAACAACCCCGUAACUCUAUGGCUUGGGCUGAGCCCGUGACUCAGGCUUUCCUUCUGGAAAUUGCGGCGGAUGUGAUUCAGGUUGCAGCCUGCAGUUAUGGUUCGAGCUAUGCAAAGUACUGGGCCUUCGCCACAAGUUGGCGACCUUUACAGCAAUUGCAAAGUACUUGCCAGCACGCUGCGGGUCAUCAUGAUGCGUUUCACGGUAAACGUGACGCCGCAGGCCAGUUCGUGUCUCGGCAUACGGCGGUGUUCCCUCCCAUGCUGUGCAAUGCAUUCAUGGAGGCCAUUAGCCCGUUGUUCCCAGAGAACUCACAUGCUACUGACUUCACGUCAUUGGAUCAGGCACUUUCUGCAUUGCCAAUUCGCCCCUUGAACGAUUUCCCGACUGGCCAGCAGGAUGGUGGCGGCAUUUACAGCCAGCCCGACUGGACUUCUCCUCCGGCGGGGUCGAAGGAUACUUUCCGCCAGUUGCGUCAAGAUAUGUGGGGGUUUUUCAAAGAGCAUAAACUUUUUGAUCGCCUUCGCAAACAUGUCAGUCAGUCAUCGCAAGAGCCUCUCAUUCAGCAGCAUGAGCUCCCUGCAUUGCGAUCGAUUUGGGAAGAUUGGUUUAGAGCCCAGGGCUUCACGGAUUCAGUUUCAUGGGAGGUCGCGCCCGACCAGCCUUACUGUCUUCAGGCACUUGAGCUUUUGAGCAAGGCUCUUGACGACCGUGAUGUGGAGCUUUGGAAGGACUUGCAGGCUGGGGUGCCAACGGGUGUUGAUGGUGACAUUUCUAUGAGCAACUGUUUCUUGCCUACCCCAGCGCAUUUCGAUCCAGAAGAUUUUGAUGUGCAAGUGUGUUCGGGCAACUGGCCUGGGGCCAAUGAGGAGCCAGAAUUGCUGGCAGAACUUGUGCAAAAAGAGGUGGACAAGGGCUACGUGCACGUCUUCGACUCUCUCGAAGAAGCCCAAGCCAAAUGGCCCCGGGUGGCCAAACUUUUGCAAAGCCUGAUGCAAGUGCUCCGGUCCGACCCUUGCACCAAGCGGGAUUUGCAGGCUCUCAUCGGUCUCCUUCACUGGAUAUUACAGAUGUCGCCAGAGUUGCUACCGUGGCUGUGCUGCUUGUACCACGACAUGUCUCGUCCCUUGGGCACAAAUUUUUCUUUGCAUGCAGGCGCCUGGCAACAGCUAGCAGAUACCUUGACGGAUGACUUGCAUUUCCGCAAAUCGCCACCAGGGUCGACCAUCCCCCCGGGCAGCAAGUUGUUGAGUGCUCGACAUGUGGAAAUCAAGUGCAAAGCAGACUUGCGCUUGGUGCGGGCCACAGGCAAACGUGUCUGGAUUCGUGUGGCGGAUGCAUCAUCUAGCAAGCGUCGAAUCAGCACGGUGAGCAGACAGUUCAUCAUGUUCUGGGUGCACUUUUGCAUGCGGCCUCAGAUGCCCCGCUGCUUGUCUUUGCCGCCUUUGGACUUCAAUAUUCUUUAG